UCAUGUACUGUCGGUAGUUUUCGGUUUUCUCACGCCACUGAAGUCGGUCGCAUGUCAUGAAAUGGAUACAAUAUUUCGCGGUGUCACGGAUUUAAACAUUACAUCGGUUUCGUCUCGUGUUGAGAACAGUCACUUGACCACAGCGCUAGAGGAGGAAGAUUUCAUAUUAAGAGAUCUAUUAGAGCUUCCGAUUGAAAUUUGUGAGAGACGACCCACUUGUUUGCGGUGCUGCCGGCCAGAGAAAGUAUGCCUCUGCCCAUUUCUCCCUGGGUGUCCUCUGGAUGUGUCCACUCGUUUAUACAUUGUUCAACACCCAGCAGAGGAGAGCAGAGUUCUUCGCACUGUGCCUCUGCUAGCUGCCUGCCUGCCGCCUGAGAAAUGUAAAGUCUUUGUUGGACGGAGGUUCAGUGAAGAAAGGAAUCCAGAGCUGGCUGCAGUGUGCCGACACAGCAAAACCCUCCUUUUAUACCCAGGGGCAGAAGCUCAAAAUUUGCAAGACAUGAACGAAGAUGUCACUGGAGAUGUGCAGAAUGUCAUCAUUAUCGAUGGAACAUGGAGCCAAGCCAAGGACAUGUUUUUCAAGAACUCCCUUUUUCAUCUUCCUAAGCAGGUGCAGCUGAGCAGCACACCUUCAAGUCAGUAUGUUAUUCGUACUCAGCCCACUAACAUGUGCUUGUCAACACUGGAAUGUGCAGCCAUCACUCUGUCUAUUAUGGAGAAGGACCCAGCCAUCCAAGAGGUUCUUCUCAAGCCCUUAACAGCCUUAUGCUCAUUCCAACUGCAACAUGGUGCUCAGGUUCACCAUAGCAAAGAACACCUGCUGAAGUGUGGCCUGUAUGACAAACCACUGCCCAAAAACAAGCGCAAGAUGAAAAGAAUUCAGAAACUUAUUACCAAUCAGAAGAUCUGAGAUACACUAUAACCGGAUCAAAUGAUAUGAACACAGAUUUGACAGUCCAUAAUUCCCUACCAGGAAGAUCUGUACAUCUUAGGAGGGAUGCAUAUCAGUCACCAAAGAGAGCCAUCAACAUGCAACAAUUGAGAUUGAGUGUUUUGUAAUGGGUAAAGCAUGUUCAAUACUUUAAAGCAGGCCCAGAAGAGCAUUAAUGCCAUGUACCUGUUACGAUUGACAAAUUGAGGAGAGGUACUAGGUAAGGGUAAAUGUUAUAUGGCAGACACUUGCCUCUAGAUUACAUGUAAAUUGUAAAGUUUUACAAACUGUCAAAUGUCAUGUCUGUCAUUGUUCUCUUGAAGUUUAAAAUAUCUUUUGUUUUAUAAAUAAAGAAAAAGGGUCCUUUUAUUUUUUUCAUUCAGUGUCAGUACAAUGUAUACAUAGAACAUUACAACAGUAAAGAGGCCUACUGAGUGUUUGGUCCCUAGUACCUAGAGUUGUAUACAUACAUUAUCUUCAUCAGAUAUCAUAAUCAAAAUAUACAGUGGGGAGAAAAUGUAUUUGAUACCAUGCUAAAGUUGCCUAAAAAGAGGAAUAUAAAAUCAUCAUUUGACAAUAAAUCUUGUCUUCAAAAAAAAAAGCUAGAGAUUGGCAUGGUGCUUUUUCCAGUAGGCCUAUUAGCCUGUUUGAUUUGCAUUAAGCUCUAGCUAUGGUGAAGGGUAUGUGAUGAUGUGGGGCUAUUUUAAUUCCAAAGGCCAAGGGAACUUAAUCAGGAUGCAUAAUAUCCUGGAUCCAUGAGAUAGCUGGCCUUUAAAAAUAAAAAUCUACCUGCCCCUAUGUUAACCCUAUGUGUUAAAUUCCCAUAGGGUUACAUAGGGGGUCAAAUACUUCCUUCCCCUAGCAUUUAAGGAAAACAUUUAUUUAUUUACGAUACAUUCUUCAAUCACAAAAAAAAAAUUGGUGUCCUUGGCGGUUAGAUUUUUACUCACUUUUUUAAUUAAGGCAUUAACUCAUUGAGUGCCAACAACGUAAUAUUGCGUUUUUAGCUCCCAUGCGUAGAGUGCCAAUAACGCAAUAUUGCGUUUUUCGCUUUUUUUUUAAAUGACGAAACUAGACACUCUAACUCACCUUAUGUGUGAUUUUUGGAAGUCAUGAAGAGAACUGAAGUAGAUGAUGAUUGAAAACUCAUGAAAUCCUACAAUCCGGACAUUUACGUCUGUCUUAAAGUGGCUUAUAUCGCCGUUUCUAGAGGAAAAACAGGGAUUUUGAUGAAAACCAGCCACUGUUUAGCUUGGGAUUUCUCAGGAAUGGAGACACGUAGAGAUAAACGGUUUUCACCCACUGAGAGCUCAGAGUCUCACCUUUCAAAUGAGCCAUAGUAUAUGUCCAUAACUAUAACAUAGAAUAUGCUGUGGCUCUACAAAAAUAGUCAAAAAUGAUCUAGCUUGCCGGCACUCUGGGACAUAGCUUCCAAAAACAAUGCGGCAUUCAAUGAGUUAAGAUCAAAUGUCAAAUGAUGAUUUGUAUUUUAGCGUGGUAUCAAAUACAUGUGCUCCGUCCCCACUGUAUGUGUGUAUAAUUAGGGGAUUGCCAUUUGAUGGUCAAAGUGUGGGUGUCUAACAGUAUCUUUGGUUUUCUAUUGUUCUUAUUGGUAUAUUUGAUGGAAAGCACCCUCAGUAUAGCUGGCCACUUUUUAUUAAUCCCACAAAUCAGGCAUUUCAUUUUUACCCAGCUGGAUUGAAGAAAAUGUCUCCUUGAAGUAUAAAUUGUGGAAAUGUUGUCAAUUGUCCUUGCCUUUCUAUGGUAUGGGACAUUCUCCCCGUCAACGUUUGCAAAAGAGCUGCAUUAAAUUCAAUUUGCUAGA